AUGACGUCUCAAAUCCUUUACGGCUCCAACAAGGAAAGAUUUUCUUACAGCUAUUAUUCAGAUCUGAAACCACUACUCCACUACUCUAACCAAUAUAAAAAAAAAUUUAAGGCCCAUAGUCAUGGUGGAGGCCAACCUCUGGGCUGCUUCAUAUGUUGUGUGCCCUGUGGACAUGUCUUUUGCUCAGCAUGCCUGCAGGAAUGUCUGAAGCCAAAGAAACCUGUCUGUGGGGUAUGUCACAGCACUCUGGCCCCUGGUGCCCAAGCCAUGGAGCUCGAAAGCAGACUGAAGAACACAGAGACAUCUUGCCAUGGCUGCUGUAAAAAUUUCUUCCUAUCCAAGAUCCAGGCCCAUGUGGCUACUUGUUCCACAUACCAGAAUUACAUCAUAGAGAGAGUGAAGGUCACUGUGGUGGAUGCAUUCCUUCAGCCAAGGACUAUCCCAAACAUUUAUAAUUUUCUUUGCCCCUAUUUCCCUGAGAAGAAUUUUGAUCAGGAAGAACUUUUGGAACACUGCAGAUUAUUCUAUAGCACAGAUACCAAGUCUGUGGUUAGUCCAACCUGUACCUCAGUGCCCUGGGAAGACCCCAACUAUUGCAGCACCAAUUUCAUAGAGCACAUCCAGAGCUGGCACCAGUUUUCUUAUGACUCUUUUGUGGAUUACCAUGCUGAUGAAGAGGACAUGAAGAAUCAAGUGUUGCAGCCCUCCAUCAUGGACCAGUGA